UGACGACAUUUAUUGUAAUUUUUAUAUAAAUAAUAUUGUUUUUGGCACUAAAUUCUUCACAUGAGUUGACUUAGUUACAUAUUUGCAUAUUAUUUGGCUGCCUCUUUUGCUUGAUCUGUUGAAUGUGCCUUGUGAAUGAAUAAAUUUAACUGAAUUGUAAUUGCCCUGUUAAUGUUAAUUUGUGUGGAAGUUCUGCUGUUUGUUCUGUUGAAUGUGCCUUUUGAAUGAAUCGUAACUGGUGUGAAAACCCUUGUGCCUGUUCUGCUCGAUGUUCCUUGUAGAUGAAUUGUUGAAGUUGAAUUAUUAUUACCCCAAUGAAUUUAUUUGCUUGUUUAUGCAAUUAUGUAAACACGUCAAUUAAAUCCAACGAAAUUAGUUUUAAGCGUUUUCAAUUCAUUAUUAAAUCUAAAAUAUUAUUAUUUCGAGUAGCCUUUUUAAUUUAAAACGUUAUACUUACUGUUUGAUUACUUUUAAGGAGGAGUCUGUAGUAAAAGUGAUAGGGAGCGAACGGAUCGGAGUUCAUCAAGCGGUGGCUGUGAUUGAGGUCCUGGACUCAAAGCUCUCCUGGUAAUAUAGGGAUGACUGCUAGCACGUUCUAUGGUUGUUGUACCUGACCUCUUGCAGCAGCAUGCUUCAAACACAUCGGAUCAUCAGUCUUCACCACAGCAUAGGUUUCAAGACUCAACAAUAUCAGAUGAGAUAUAUCAGGAAUAUAGGCAAGCUGUUGGAAAGGCCCCUCCUCAACUACAACACAAACAGCGCUCUUUUCUCACAUUUGGGUUUGGUGGUGGUACUGGUCCCUCUCAAUUUCCAAGGAGAGAGAGCCAUGUUAGUGUCAAUGUUACACCAACAUCGCACGAGUCAUCUGAUGACACUCCAGAAAUAAGAAA